UGCCAGCGAUACUAAGUGGCUGCCGGGGUACGGGUCUCUGCUGGCCUUCCCCGGCUGCUGGGCCCGCCGGCUCGUGGCGCAUGGGCCUCCUCCGAGGCGGACCCCCAUGCGCCCGGGCCAUGGCGCGCCUGGGCGCUGUGCGCUCCCACUACUGCGCGCUGCUGUUGGCCGCGGCGCUGGCCGUCUGUGCGUUCUAUUAUCUAGGCUCAGACCGGGAGACCUUCUCCAGCGCCACCAAGAGGCUGAAGGAGGCCCGCGCCGGGGCCCUCGUCGCGCCUUCGCCGCCCACGCUGGAGGUGGUGCGUGGCUCAGCGGUGCCGGCCCCGGGCGCCAAGGCUAAGAGCCUGGAGGGCGGUGGGACCGGGCCGGCGGACUACCACCUGCUGAUGAUGUUCACCAAGGCGGAGCACAACGCCGCGCUGCAGGCCAAGGCCCGGGUCGCCCUGCGCUCGCUGCUGCGCCUCGCCAAGUUCGAGGCGCAUGAGGUGCUUAACCUGCACUUCGUGAGUGAGGAAGCCAGCCGCGAGGUGGCCAAGGUCCUGCUGCGGGAGCUCCUGCCGCCCGCCGCCGGCUUCAAGUGCAAGGUCAUCUUCCACGAUGUUGCUGUGCUGACAGACAAGCUCUUCCCUGUUGUGGAGGCCAUGCAGAAGCACUUCAGUGCGGGCUCAGGGACCUACUACAGUGACUCCAUCUUCUUCCUCUCGGUCGCCAUGCAUCAGAUCAUGCCCAAAGAAAUCCUGCAGAUAAUUCAGCUGGACCUAGACCUAAAGUAUAAGACCAACAUCCGCGAGUUGUUUGAGGAGUUUGACAGCUUCCUGCCCGGUGCUGUCAUCGGCAUAGCCCGGGAGAUGCAGCCAGUCUACAGGCACACAUUCUGGCAGUUCCGCCAUGAGAACCCCAAGACCAGGGUUGGGGGCCCUCCACCUGAGGGGCUGCCCGGCUUCAACAGUGGAGUGAUGCUUCUGAACCUGGAGGCCAUGCGCCAGUCCCCGCUCUACAGCCGCCUGCUGGAGCCAGCGCAGGUCCAGCAGCUCACCGACAAGUAUCACUUCCGUGGCCACCUUGGGGACCAGGAUUUCUUCACUAUGAUUGGCAUGGAGCACCCCGAGCUCUUCCACGUGCUGGACUGUACCUGGAACCGGCAGCUCUGCACCUGGUGGAGGGACCAUGGCUAUAGUGACGUCUUCGAGGCCUACUUCCGGUGCGAGGGCCAUGUUAAGAUCUACCAUGGGAACUGCAACACUCCCAUCCCAGAGGACUAGGCACCUUCUCUCCUGCAUGCCCUCAGGGCUUCUGGAUCUGGGGGAAGGAAAGGGGCGCCUCUGGGACAGGCCCCAGGGUGGUGUCUGAUCUCCUAGAGACACACUGCAGGGACAGUCUUUGUGACAAGGUGCUGCAGAUCUCCCACCCAGCAGGUCACUGUCCUGAGGCCACCCAGUGAGGACUGGCCUGUGCAUUGCUGGUGCUCAGGACCUGUUUCCUCCAGGGGGCCUUCAGCCCUCCAAGGAAAGGAGAUCCUUUAUAGGUACUGGCCUUUCUUGGACCAAAUGUAAAUUUCAUUUAAAUGGACAGGCUUCCAUUUUGCAAGAAAGAACAAACAGUACCACUGUAGCUCCCAGUGAGCUCUAAACGAGUGAACCGGGGCUUUGACAACCAGCCCAGAGGUGAAGCAUUUAUGGGAAUGCCGACCUUCCAUGUACUCGCCCUCGGAGGUGUGUGCGAAUUCUCAUAAUGCUCACUCACAGCGCUUGGUGCAGGUUUAAAGAUCGCCACCUCUGGGGACAGGCUUCAGGGCCAGCUGGGGCCUGCGUAAGAAAACUAGCCUCAUUAUUGCACCAUUCACAGCUUUUAUCUCCUGGCUCCAUUGCAGAGCUGCAUUAUUCCUUAUUCAUCAAGUCCAGCUCCUGGUGACCAGACUAUACUCGGCAAUCAAGGCCACCAUUAAAGAACAGAGACUGGUCACCCUGAAGGACAUGAGGUAGAAUUGUCUGGAUUGAGAAGAUUCAUUCCAAAGAGGAGCCCAACAGUUCAUGAGUGUAACCAUGUGGGCUUCAAAGGGGUGUCAUUCAGAGGCUUACAAGCAUUCUUGUUUCUUUGUUUAAAAAAAUCAUCCUCAUUACUUUCUUAUUGCACCCUGGCAGACCCUAUACCUUAGUAGAAAUUAAAGUGUCACUUCUUUAUUUCUUCUUCUGAUGGGUCUCCUGUAAGCCAGCUGCAAACACGGAAUCCCUAGUGGUCCAUUUUGUAUAGUCCAGCUGAAGCUCUUGGGGGAGAAAUGUUGUGGGAUUUUCAUCUUAUUUUAUUUCAAUGUCAUUUACUUUUUUAUUU